CAAUGAUUUAUUCCCAGACCACGAGACCGUCCCAACCCUAAACAUCUUCCAAAAAAAUGUCCCGACCCCGAAUCGCCUGCUUCCACGGCGGCGGCUCCAAUUCGACCAUCUUCUCGAUCCAAUCCGCACAACUCUCGGAACUGCUCUCGGAAUACGAAUUCGUCUUCUUCGACGGCCCGUUCGAGCGCGGCCCGGGCCCCGGCGUACUCCCCGCAUUCCGCAACGACGGGCCUUUCCGCUCAUGGUUCACCACCGACCCAUCGGGGAUCGAGGUUUCAGAUGGCAGCGGCUUCGGCGACGGCGAGGAGGACGGCAUCGAGCGGAUCUAUAGGCUCAUGGACACCAAGGGACCUGGCGGCGAGUGGGUGGGGGUGAUGGGGUUCAGUCAGGGGACGAGGCCGGCGGGAGGGGUAUUGUUGGAUGUGCAGACGGGGAAUAGGAAGUCGGGGCGCGCAUCGCGACGGAAUAUUCGAUUCGGGAUCUUGUGUAUGGGUGGGGGGAUGCCGAUGGAGUCGGAAAACCAACACCCCACAACCACCCUCAUCACCCUCCCAACCCUCCACGUGCACGGUCUAAAAGACAUGUUCCUACCUCUCGGCCAGCACCAACUCACCACAUACUACGACCCGUCCAGCGCGACUCUCUACGAAAUAGACUAUCACCAUGCAAUGCCAUGGGUGCGCUCGGAAGUGGAACAUUUUGCAGAAUUGAUUCGGAAGAUGGAUCGUGAGACGCGAUAGUAUAGACCACCUAAAAAGUUUGAAGUUGUGUGGGAUCGUAUAGAACAAUAUAUGUAGCUAUACAUUGUUGGAUUGCUAGCUAGCAUAAGUCGGGAUAGAUAAGGAUCUACCUUUCAUUCACACCUAGAGGCUCUAUGGCUCGCCACUCCAGAACCAACUUUGUCUACUUACCUAAACUGUGGACUGGCAAACCAAUUAGUUAAGACAGCCAAUCUCAGAAAUUCGGACAUGCUUAUCGGUUAUACUACCCGACAGAGCUCGUUUCAAGCUUUGAUAAAACUGUAAUAGUAGCGGCACUACUAAUCCAAUGGAGAAAACUUCACAUCGUGUAAUGUUUAUGCUGUUGCAAAGUGU